CUUCACUCGGACUACUACGGUACGUAAAGCAACUCGUACGGUGACGUCCCGUGUCGUAAGGCCAGCUGUUCCGCACGGUAUCUUUGACGUACAGUUCGUUGACAACGUGGAUCCCUUUCGAAACACCACUGCAAGUCGUUUCGAAUCUUUUCGUUGCACAAUUCUCGUUUUUCUACUAACUGUAAAAUAACAAUUUGUUGAGACAGUCACACCAUGGCUUCCGACAUGCCCAAGCUUGCUCCCGGAGCCACCCGCAAACGCAACGUCUUUGACGUCAUCGAGGCACUCCAGAAACAAUCGGCCAAGACCAUUCUGGUUCGUGUCGAUUUCAACGUUCCCAUGAAUAGCGACGGCAAGAUCACGGACGACUCGCGCAUCCGCGGAGCCCUACCGACCAUCAAGGCCGUGGUUAACGCCAAGUGCAACGCCGUGCUCGUCUCGCACAUGGGUCGCCCCAAGUUGGUGCAAAAAGCCGCUGACGACGAAGAAACGCGACAGCAGCGACACGAGCUCAGCCUCAAGCCCGUUGCGGAUCAUCUCGCCAAACUCCUUGAUCAAGAAGUGCUCUUUGGCGACGACUGUCUCCACGCACAAAGCACCAUUCGCGAACUCCCUGCCGAAGGCGGCGGAGUCUGCUUGCUGGAGAAUCUACGCUUCUAUAAGGAAGAAGAAAAGAACGGUGAAGACUUUCGUAAAAGCCUCGCAUCCUACGCUGAUGGAUACGUCAAUGACGCCUUUGGUACAUCGCACCGGGCGCACGCUAGUGUCGCCGGAGUGCCCGCCUUGCUACCCAAAGAAGUUUGCGGAAUUGGAUGUUUGGUGGCGUCCGAACUCGCCUACCUUGACUUUAAGAACGCCUCGUCCGAUGAACAGAUUGCCGCCAUUAUUGGCGGAUCCAAGGUGUCCACCAAGCUUCCUGUCAUUGAGGGACUUCUGAAGAAUGUCCAGACCCUCGUCCUUCAAGGUGGACUCGCCUUUACCUUCCUAAAGGCGCAAGGCAUCAAAAUUGGUGAUAGUCUCGUCGAAGAUAGCAUGAUUGACACUGCCAAAGAUUUACUGAAACAGGCUGACAGCAUGGGAAAGACUAUUAUUCUACCGGUCGAUGCCGUGUGCUCGCAGUCCUUCCCCAAGGGGCCCAUGGACAAGGCCGACACCAAGACCUUUGAGCUCAAUACGGAUGCUGGUAUUGACGAUGGUUGGAUGGGUCUCGACAUCGGUCCCAAGUCGGUGAAGAUAAUUGCCGACGGUCUCGCCAAGGCGACCAAGAUAGUCGUCAACGGACCAGCCGGUGUUUUCGAAGUCCCGCCUUUUGACGAAGGAACCCGUGGCCUCGUGGACGCCAUUGAAUCCCUCACCAAGAACGGUACCGUUUCUGUUGUGGGAGGCGGUGACUCCGUGGCCGCUUUGGAAGCCUUCGGUAAGACGGAAGCUGUAUCGUAUGUCAGUACCGGAGGUGGUGCCACCCUGGAACUCUUGGCCGGAGACAUUCUGCCUGGAGUGGCUGCCAUUGCCGAUUACGAUUAAGACAAAAAGGAUGAGCAGAUACAUGUCAGAGCUUUUUUGUUAGGAAUCUAUAGUAAACACGUGUUCAGCGACGACACAAAUCACGAUUGCAAUCAUGCCGUGAACUUGACCAAACGUGUGUCCUUUGGUAGAGAGUCCAGUAAAUCCACAACGGCAGUUUACAAUUCU